AGUUCCUGCGUCACGUGACUUUCGGCAAAAUUCUGGUUGUCAGACGCCAUCUUGGCAGUAAACAUGACGACCAGUGGCGGCGCCAGCGAUUUUAAACAGAGCGAGUACACAUCUCAUUUUAAUUCCAGUGAAAUUCGGCUUUAUACAACAAAAUUACAAAGAUUAAACAUCAGCGACCCUUAUAAUGCACCCGGUGUGCUUUUCAAGAGCAUCUCAUCCUGCCCUGAAGAUGAUUUACCCGACUUGCGCUAUGCUGACAUCCACAGCUAUCUGGUAAACUUCCCAUCCGUUUACUCUGGGGACUCACUCAGAGCGUAUAAAAGCUUGGAGGCGUAUAAAUGGUGUCAAUCCGGCUUCGUCACGCACAUUCAGCUGUGGAGUAUUGCAUCCAAAAACUGCGGCAUCAUCACUGCAAGGGUCAAUCACUCCCAACGGCUGAAUGACAGUCAGCUAAAGCCAUGGGUGGUGGUGAGGAGUGACGGUGUCGUAUUAGGAGCACACUGCAACUGUACAGCGGGACUCGGGGAGAGCUGCUCUCAUGUGUCAGCUGUGCUCUUCAGACUGUGGGAGAAAAACAACGCAAGGCACGAAGAGAUCAGCUGCACGUCUAAAAAGUGCAAGUGGGCCUCGCCCAGUGAGGAUGCUGCGAAGAAUGUGGAGUACCAGCAGGGCAAGGACAUCAUAUUCAACAGCAGUCAAAAAAACAAGAAGGGUAAUUCCACCAAGGGUACCUCUGCGCCACCAUCUUUCCCACCCCUGACUGCUGCCGAGCAAGCUCAACUCUACAAAAACCUUUCUCAGUGCCACACUCAAGAUGGGAAAUCCUGCAGACCUGCCGUCCUGUCAGUUGUUCCCGGGUAUGCCACAUCUUAUAUACCCAAGGCUGUCAAGCUGGAUUUACCCGAACCCCUCACCAGUUUGUACGACAAGAAGGCAAGAGACCUGAGCCUGGCUGAGCUACAAGAACAGGCAGAAGGAAUAUUUGAUGACUUGGCUGUCACUGAAGAACAGAGUGAUAUUGUAGAGGAGGAGACCCAAGCUCAGUCCAAAUCCAGAAUUUGGUACGAUCAGAGGAGUGGUAGGGUGACAGGAUCUACCUUCAGAGCAGCAACCAGAACAGACAUCAGAAAGCCAGCAGUGUCUCUCAUGAGACAAAUUUGUUACCCAAAGUCCCAUGUUUUCACCAGUGAGGCUACCAGAUGGGGAUGCAAGAAUGAAGAACUGGCCAGAAGUUAUUACGAAAUGCAGCAUCGACUAUCACACACAGAUGUCCUGGUGCGACCAGCCGGAUUCAGAAUUUCUACUCAGCACCCAUUUAUCGGGGCCUCACCUGAUGGGUAUGUGUCCUGUAGCUGCUGUGGCACAGGGGUAAUAGAAAUCAAAUGCCCAUUUUCAGCAAAGGACUUGUCUGUGAGUGAAGCUGUAAAUUCUGGUGGACACUUUUGCCUAGAAAAAAAUGUUGACGGAAAAAUUGAAGUCAAGCGAGACCAUCCAUACUUCUACCAAGUCCAGAUGCAGCUAUUUGUCACAAAAUGUGAUUACUGUGAUUUUAUUCUGUGGACGGAAAAGGAACUCUUUGUAGAACGCAUUGCAUUCGACUCAGAAUUCUUUCAAGUACAACUUGAACUCGCUCGUGCCUUCUUCACAAAAUGUAUUAUCCCAGAGUUGUUAGGAAAAUGGUUUUCUGCACCUAAACAACCAACUGCUGACUCCGAUCCCCAGCAACAGUGGUGCUACUGCCGUGCACCUGCGGCAGGGAACAUGCUCGUUUGUGCCUCAGGGUUCUGUGCCGUGAAGAGGUUCCACCAAACCUGCCUCCAGCUGAAAAGGGUACCAAAACAGUGGCUGUGUCCAAGCUGUAGGAAACUACGCAAUGCCCAAAAAAAACCUUAAUUACUUAGUCUUACUAACUUGUUCCUAUGUACUCAUGGUUGCACAGUAAGAAGAUAAUAAAAAGAAUUGUAUGUGUAAUAGCUGUGUCCUCCUUUAUCAUCCAGAACAUGUCGGGGAAAAUUGUGUUUUAACAUCUGGGUUGUCUCACCCUUUAAUGAGACUAGCAUACCGGUAGUCACCUUUUGAAACCUGAUUGAGUAAAAGGUUGAAAUCUUGGUAAACGCAAUGCCACAAUGUUGUUCUCUUCUGUCUGUAGUAGUAUCUGUGACGAGCAUAAAACAUGGAUAGAUCACUCAAAUCUAGUGUGUGAGAAAAGUAGUCACAACAAACAAGUGAGAAGGCAUCAUAAAAGGUUUAUUUUCUGUUGGCACACAUAUUCACUCAAAGGGCACCACAGAAUCUGGUACAUUUGUUAGUGCACAACAUACACUUACAAUUUUAUCAAGAUAAGUGACAUCAUUUUCUGUCUCUAUGUCUGUGAAAGUUAUUGGCACAGUGCUUUGUAAGAUAGUAUAUUUCUGACGAAGUACUCCUAUGACUCUUUCAAUGUGAAUUCUUAAGGAGGCUAGGGAUCUUGUAUUCUCUAUGUCAACAGGAUCUAACUGUGCUUUCCCACGAGUAAAUGCUGGGAUUUUCAAUUCAGCCAGACAUCUUUCAAUAGCCUCUUUCACCAGAAAGCCCCUGUCUGCCAAAACAAUAUCCCCUGGGAGAAUAUUAGGUAAAAAAUUACUGUGUUCUGUAAUGAAUUUAUCACUGGUGCGACCUCCCCAUCCAUUAGAGAUGAAAGAAAUUGAACCUUGAGGGCAAAUGGCAAUUAAAUAUUUCAUGGUGUGAUGUGAUUUGUAUUUUGAGUAACACUGUGCACUGGGUCGCAAUCUACUUGGUUUCUCUAAAAAUAUUUCAAAACAAUCUAUGAUACAAACAGUCUUCUCAUAGCCACCAUUUCUAAAUACAUAUGGAAGAGAUGUUCUUAAAGAUUCUCUAUCAGGCCACACCACUAGACUUGGCACCAGUCUACAAUAAAUCAAAUUAACGCAGUGUUUGAAGUGUCUAGAGGUAGUAGUUGGAUCGAUGGCA